CCGAGAAGGAGAGGAAGGAGGAGGAAGAGGAGGAGAAGAGGAGGAGGAGGAGAAGAGGAGGAGGGGAGGCGCUCUGGUCGCCGUCAGUGGGCAGCGGAGACGCGGCAUGCCCCUGGCAGGGGAGAGCGGGCUGUCCUCAGCAGGGCCAUGGGGACCCGCGCUCUGACAAUGCCGGGGUGAGACGAGCAGCGCCAGCCAGCCACCCUGCCACCUCCACCAUCACCUCCAGCACUCAGCCUCGCCACCGGCCAGCGCCAGCUCAGCCUCCUCCGCCUCUCCCUCUCUCCCUCUCUCCCUCUCUCUCCCUCUCUCUGCAUUAUUGUUUCCCACUCUACGGAGGAUGGGGUCGGCAGAUGAUUAGGUCGGAAGCAAGUCAGAUCUUCCUCCAAAGCCUGGUAAUAUUUAUGUAGGCAAAGAGAGAGAGAGGGAGAGAGAGAAAAGAGAGGGAGAGAGAGAGGGAGGGAGAGAAAGAGGGAGAGGGGAGAGAGAGGAGAGAGAGAGAGAGAGAGAGAGAAGAAACGGGAGGAGGGGAUAAGGAAAUUAAACCCUUUAAGUCAAUGCAUAUUGUGGUGACACCCGCACACGAGCCCUCACGGUGGAGUCGGCCAGGGCUGUGCGUUCCCAAAAUAUGACCAGGGGUGCUUGGAUGUGUCGACAGUAUGACGACGGCUUAAAAAUCUGGUUGGCAGCACCCCGGGAGAACGAGAAACCGUUCAUCGAUUCAGAGAGGGCUCAGAAAUGGCGACUGUCUCUGGCAUCUCUCUUGUUUUUCACAGUCCUGCUCUCUGAUCACUUGUGGUUCUGCGCCGAGGCCAAACUGACCCGGACUCGGGACAAGGAGCAUCACCAACAGCAGCAGCAGCAGCGGCAGCAGCAGCAUCAGCAGCAGCAGAGGCAGCGGCAGCAGCAGCAGCAACAGCAGCAGCAGCGGCAGCGACAGCAGGAGCCCUCCUGGCCCGCGCUCCUGGCCAGCAUGGGGGAGUCCUCGCCCGCCGCCCAGGCACACAGACUCCUCUCCGCCUCCUCGUCCCCCACCCUGCCCCCCUCCCCGGGAGGCGGCGGCGGCGGCGGCAAGGGCAAUCGAGGCAAAAAUAACCGGAGCAAGGCGCUUUUUCUAGGAAACUCUGCCAAACCCGUGUGGCGCCUGGAGACUUGUUACCCCCAGGGCGCCUCCUCGGGUCAGUGCUUCACCGUGGAGAGCGCGGACGCUGUGUGCGCCAGGAACUGGAGUCGGGGGGCGGCGGCCGGGGGGGAGGAGCAGCAGGCGAGGGGCGAGCAUCCAACUCCGCUCUGGAACUUGUCAGAUUUUUACCUUUCGUUUUGUAAUUCCUACACACUUUGGGAGUUGUUCUCGGGGCUGUCCAGUCCCAACACUUUGAACUGCAGUCUGGAUGUGGUGCUCACGGAGGGCGGAGAGAGGACCACUUGCAGACAGUGCGUCGCGGCUUACCAAGACUAUGACCACCACGCUCAGGAGAAGUACGAAGAGUUUGAAAGUGUGCUCCAUAAGUAUUUGCAAUCAGAGGAGUACUCGGUGAAGUCGUGUCCUGAAGACUGUAAGAUUGUCUACAAAGCCUGGCUCUGUUCCCAGUAUUUUGAAGUCACACAGUUUAACUGCAGAAAGACAAUUCCUUGCAAGCAAUACUGUUUGGAGGUUCAGACAAGGUGUCCGUUCAUACUGCCUGACAAUGAUGAAGUCAUCUACGGAGGCCUCUCGAGCUUUAUCUGCACAGGGCUCUACGAAACCUUCCUCACCCGCGAUGACCCCGAAUGCUGUGACGUCCGGACGGGGGAGCAGGCCGGCCUCCGCAGAGGGAGGCCCGAGCGCAGCGACGCCUGCCACAGGACGUCGCUGGCCGUGUCCUCGGCGACCAGACUGUGCGGUGGCAGACUCAAGCUGUGUGUCCUCGUACUGAUUCUCCUGCACACCGUGCUCACGGCCUCCGCGGCGCACAGCGCGGCGGGGCUGGGCCUGGGCGGCAUCCCCUCGCUGGAGGAAAACGCCACCAACGAGGAGUAGGCGCGGCGCCACCCGCCCGCGGCCCAGCCGCCGCUGCCCACCCGACGGACACUGGGUGCUUUUACCCUGGAUCACUUCUCGCAAGGCCUGUGGGUAAAAUUUAAAAGAUGGGCCUGAUUCCAAACAAGGACACGCCACAGCUUUUUAUUGACUAAAAGGCUGCGAAGUGACUUUCGAUUUCUCACACCAUUUUAUACACUGUGUUUUAAUGUUUGGAGGUUUUCUUUGCUUUCGUUUCGGUCUGGGUUUCUUCGUUCGUUUAUUUUUCUGCACUUGUUAAUACGGGACUUUCUUUCCGGGAUGGUUUCUCCGAGGUGAACUAAGUCUUUUCACUGUCUCUUUCUAUUUCUGGUCAUCGUGUGUGUUCAUCAGGUAGUUCUGUCUUUAUGUCCUGUCAGUUUCUAUUAGAGGAUGACUGCUAUGACCUCACGGUGUAGCAAAAAACAACAACAACAAAAAAAAAGAAUAAAAAAGAAAAAAAGA